ACUCGCCUUGCCUGGAAGGAUACGCGCUCGCAGUCGUUUUGAGAGGUUCGCAGCGCCAGUCGCAGCAAAAGUGUUAAACGAACGAAAGAGCCAACAAAAUCAAAUACAAUUAACCAGAAACAGAGCAUCGCAAACCGUCAGAGUCAGAGAUUCUGAGACCUCGCUGGAGACGGGAGAUACGAGACAAAAAAAGAAAAGAAAUAUAUAUAAAGAAAAAUAUAAACCAAGCAGUUGAAAUCAAGGAGCAAAGGACAGUCAAGGAGUGCGAACAAUGUGCGCCGCGCUGCGUCGUAAUUUGUUGCUGCGGAGCCUUUGGGUCGUCCUGGCCAUUGGCACCGCUCAGGUUCAGGCCGCCUCACCGCGAUGGGAGCCCCAGAUAGCCGUGCUCUGCGAGGCCGGUCAAAUCUAUCAGCCGCAAUAUCUGUCCGAGGAGGGACGCUGGGUGACGGACCUCAGCAAGAAGACAACCGGCGCCACAUGUUUGCGUGAUAAAAUGGAUUUGCUUGAUUACUGCAAGAAGGCCUAUCCCAGUCGAGAUAUAACCAAUAUUGUGGAAUCAUCGCACUAUCAGAAGAUUGGCGGCUGGUGUCGUCAGGGUGCCUUGAAUGCGGCCAAAUGCAAGGGUUCCCAUCGCUGGAUCAAGCCAUUCCGCUGUCUGGAAGGACCAUUCCAAUCGGAUGCCCUGCUGGUGCCGGAGGGCUGUCUCUUCGAUCACAUUCAUAAUGCCUCCCGAUGCUGGCCAUUUGUGAGAUGGAAUCAAACCGGAGCAGCCGCCUGCCAGGAGCGUGGCAUGCAAAUGCGUAGCUUUGCCAUGCUCCUGCCCUGCGGCAUCUCUGUUUUCUCUGGCGUUGAAUUUGUCUGCUGUCCCAAACACUUCAAGACCGAUGAAAUCCAUGUGAAAAAGACCGAUUUGCCAGUGAUGCCACCGGCACAGAUAAGCAGUGCCAAUGACGAACUGGUGGCCAAUGAUGAGGACGAUAGCAAUGAUUCCAAUUACUCGAAAGAUGCCAACGAUGAGGAACUGGACGAUGAGGAUGAUCUAAUGGGCGACGAUGAGGAGGACGAAAUGGUGGCCGACGAGGCAGCUGCGGCUGGUGGUAGUCCCAGUGCCGGAUCUGGAUCUUCGGCAGAUGCCAACAGUGGCUCCUUGGAUGACAUUAAUACGGAAUACGAUAGCGGCGAGGAGGGUGACAAUUACGAGGAGGAUGGCGGUGCCGGUUCUGAGGCCGAAACCGAGGGCGAUUCAUGGGAUCAGAGUGGAGCCAAGCCACAGAAGAAUGGUGCCUUGACCUCAUCCUCAUCCUCGUCAUCUUCAUCCUCAUCGUCAUCCUCGUCCUCAUCAUCUCCGUCUUCGGUAUCUGAUAAGACACCCCAGAAGUCCGACCUGGUGACCAGCACUCCACAGCUCUCGGUGGCCGCUGCUGCAGCUGCCAAUGCCGGUUUGGGAUCAGGAUCGGGAUCGGGAUCGGGAGCACCGCCACCAUCGACGGCACAACCCACAUCGGAUCCAUAUUUCACCCACUUUGAUCCACACUAUGAGCACCAGAGCUACAAAGUAAGUCAGAAAGAAGCCCAACAGCGCCUUGAGGAAUCGCAUCGCGAGAAGGUCACGCGCGUGAUGAAGGACUGGUCGGAUCUGGAGGAGAAGUAUCAGGAUAUGCGGCUGGCCGAUCCCAAGGCAGCACAAUCGUUCAAGCAGCGGAUGACGGCUCGCUUCCAGACUUCUGUUCAGGCACUCGAGGAAGAAGGCAACGCCGAGAAGCACCAGCUGGCCGCCAUGCAUCAGCAGCGUGUCCUUGCCCACAUCAACCAGAGGAAGCGGGAGGCCAUGACAUGCUAUACCCAGGCCCUAACCGAGCAGCCACCGAACGCUCAUCAUGUGGAAAAGUGCUUGCAAAAGUUACUGCGCGCCUUGCAUAAGGAUCGUGCCCAUGCCUUGGCCCAUUAUCGCCAUCUCUUGAACUCUGGUGGUCCUGGUGGCUUGGAGGCAGCUGCCUCGGAACGACCACGUACCCUGGAGCGUCUGAUUGACAUCGAUCGUGCUGUUAACCAAUCAAUGACCAUGCUUAAGCGUUACCCCGAACUUUCGGCCAAGAUUGCUCAACUGAUGAAUGAUUAUAUUUUGGCAUUGCGCAGCAAGGACGAUAUUCCCGGAUCAUCGUUGGGCAUGAGCGAGGAGGCAGAGGCUGGCAUUUUGGACAAAUAUCGCAUCGAAAUCGAACGCAAGGUGGCCGAAAAGGAACGCCUCCGUCUGGCCGAGAAGCAACGCAAGGAGCAACGGGCCGCGGAGCGAGAGAAACUGCGCGAGGAGAAGCUGCGCCUGGAGGCCAAGAAAGUGGACGAUAUGCUCAAGUCGCAGGCGGCCGAGCAGCAAUCGCAAUCGCAGUCCCAGUCCCAGUCCCAGCCAUCGUCCACUCAAUCCCAAGCGCAGCAGCAGCAGCAGGAGAAGAGCCUGAGCAGCAAGGAGCAGCUGGGAAUGGGCUCUGACGGUGGCCUGGUGACCGCGGCCAAUCUCAACUUGGACACCACCAAGAGCGAGAAGGAGCUCUCGGACACUGAGUAUGCCGAGGCCACAGUGAGCAGCACCAAGGUGCAGACCGUGCUGCCCACGGUCGACGAUGAUGCUGUCCAGCGGGCGGUAGAGGAUGUGGCCGCCGCCGUUGCCCACCAGGAGGCCGAGCCGCAGGUGCAGCACUUCAUGACCCACGAUCUGGGCCACCGCGAAUCGAGCUUCUCGCUGCGCCGUGAAUUCGCGCAGCAUGCGCACGCGGCCAAGGAAGGUCGCAAUGUCUACUUCACGCUCUCCUUUGCCGGCAUCGCCCUCAUGGCGGCCGUCUUUGUGGGCGUGGCCGUGGCCAAGUGGCGGACAUCACGCUCGCCGCAUGCCCAGGGCUUCAUUGAGGUCGAUCAGAACGUGACCACACACCAUCCCAUCGUGCAGGAGGAGAAGAUCGUGCCCAAUAUGCAGAUCAAUGGGUACGAGAAUCCAACCUACAAAUAUUUCGAGGUGAAAGAGUAAGCGGGACGGCUGCAAUGGAGGCGCGGCUGUGCGAGCGAGAGGCACACACAUCAGAGGAAGCAGCGGCGCAAACCCGAAAAAAAAUAAAACCAAAAACCAAAACAACAAUUUCAAAAUGGAAUCUUAAGCGUAAUAUUAAAAAAGAAAACAAAAAACAAAUAAGCAGCGGAAAGCGGAAGC